AUGGGGUGCAGGCCCUGUUUGCAGAAGAAGCCACUGACAUCCCUGAGACACAGCGGGCUCCAUCACACACCAGACAGAAACCGCCAUCUGGAUGGACCAUACCGAGGGAUGAUGGAGGUGCCACCUCGCAUGAUGAUAACGUUCGAGGAGGUGGCUGUAUGUUUCACCAAGGAGGAGUGGGCCCUACUGGAUCAGGACCAAAAAGCUCUGCACAAGAAAGUUAUGGAGCAGAAUUUGAGGAUCUUCGCCUCUGUGGAAUGUGAUGGGCAGGAGACUGAAAAUGGAAAACCUGACACGGUGCAGUUGGAAAAAGCCAGAAGUAAACCAUUUCAAUGCUUGGAAUGUGGAAAGAGCUUCAGGUGGAACUCAAGCCUAAUAUUGCACCAAAGAACACACACAAAGGAGAAACCGUUUCAGUGCUUCGAGUGUGGAAAAUGUUUUGGUCACAGCUCACACCUUAAGGAUCACCAAAGAAUUCACACAGGAGAGAAACCAUUUCAAUGUUUGGAGUGUGGAAAGAGCUUCAGUGAAAAAAGAAGCCUCUUGUAUCAUCAGAGAACCCACACAGGGGAAAAGCCAUUUAAAUGCUUGGAGUGUGGGAAAAAAUUCACCCAGCGAUCAAACCUUUUGUCACAUGAAAGAACCCACACUGGAGAGAAACCGUUUCAAUGCUUAGAGUGUGGAAAGAGCUUCAGAUGGAAUUCAUGCCUUAUAUUGCACCAAAGAACACAUACAGGAGAGAAACCAUUUCAGUGCUUUGAAUGUGGAAAAUGUUUUGGUCAGAGCUCCCACCUUAUAGAACACAAAAGAAGCCAUACAGGAGAGAAACCAUUUCAAUGCUUGGAGUGUGGAAAGAGCUUCAAAAAAAAAAGAAGCCUCUUGUGCCAUCAAAGAACCCACACAGGAGAGAAACCAUUUCAAUGUUUGGAGUGCGGAAAGUGCUUCAGUAGAAACUCUAGUCUUGCAUCCCAUCAAAGGAUUCACACAGGGGUGAAACCAUUUAAAUGCCUGGAGUGUGGAAAGAGCUUCACUCAGAAGAUACAGCUCACUUCUCAUCAAGCAACUCACACAGAGGAGAAACCAUUUACAUGCCUAGAGUGUGGAAAGAGCUUCAGUAGAAACUCUGGCCUCGUGUACCAUCAAAGAAUCCACACAGGGGACAAACCAUUUAAAUGCCUGGAGUGUGAGAAGAGCUUCAGGUGUAACUCAAGCCUUAUAUUACACCGAAGAAUUCACACAGGGGAGAAACCCUUCACAUGCUUAGAGUGUGGGAAAAGCUUCAGUAUAAAGAGACGUCUCAUGUGCCAUCAAAGAAUUCACGCAGAGGAGAAGCCAUUUAAAUGUUUGCAGUGUGGAAAGAGCUUUGCUGAAAACACAGCCCUCAUACACCAUCAAAGCAUGCACACACGGGAGAAACAAUUUAAAUGCCUGGAGUGCGGAAAGAGCUUCAGUUGGAACUCGACCCUUUUAUUACACCGAAGAACUCACACAGGGGAGAAACCAUUUACAUGCUUAGAGUGUGGAAAGAGCUUCAGUACAAAGAGACGCUUCAUGUACCAUCAAAAUAUCCACACAGGGGAGAAACCGUUUAAAUGCUUGGAGUGUGGAAAGGGCUUCAGUUGGAACUCAACUCUAAUUUUACACCAAAGAACUCACACAGGGGAGAAACCGUUUCAAUGCUUGGAGUGUGGAAAGUAUUUCCGUCGGAGCUCACACCUUAUGGAACAUGAAAGAAUCCAUACAGGAGAGAAGCCCUUUAAAUGCCUUGAGUGUGGAAAGAGCUUCAGUGCAAAAAGGAACAUCUUCUAUCAUCAAAGAAUCCACACAGGGGAAAAGCCAUUUCAAUGCUUGGAGUGCGGAAAGAGCUUCAGUAGAAACUCUAGCCUUGUGUAUCAUCAAAGGGUCCACACAGGGGAGAAGCCAUUUCAAUGCUUGGAGUGUGGGAAAACAUUCGCUCAUAGCUCAAACCUUAUAUCACACAAAAAAACCCACGCAGCAGAGAAACGAUUUACAUGCUUAGAAUGUGGAAAGAAUUUCAGCUUAAAGAGACACUUCAAGUACCAUCAAAUAAUGCACGCAGAGGAGAAGGAAUUUAAAAAUUUGGGUGUGGAAAAAGUUAUAGUAGGAGAUUCAACUUUAGUCCUCAUCAAAGAAGAGGGGGAAUAAUUUUAAUUUUUGGCAUUUUUAAAAAGCUCCCAUUCAGUA